AGUUUAAUAGUAGCGCGGUCCCCAUACGGCUGUAAUCAGUGAAUUAGAAAAAAAACACCCUAGCAGCGAUAUUCUAUGAUAGAUUUUUUUUCCUCUGCGCUCGCCUUUUUCCUAGGCCUUGCCCCCCCAAAGCCCCUCCAAAAGAGGGAACUUUUUCUCUGAGGGGGCUCCAAGGAGAAGGCCAUGAAUUACGAAUUUGAGCGAGAGAUUGGUUUUAUCAAUAGCCAGCCGUCGCUCGCUGAGUGCCUGACAUCUUUUCCCCCUGUCGCUGAUACAUUUCAAAGUUCAUCAAUCAAGACCUCGACGCUUUCACACUCGACACUGAUUCCUCCUCCUUUUGAGCAGACCAUUCCCAGCCUGAACCCCGGCAGUCACCCUCGCCACAGCGCUGGCGGCCGCCCCAAGCCGAGCCCCGCGGGCAGCCGCGGCAGCCCGGUGCCCGCCGGCGCCCUGCAGCCGCCCGAGUACCCCUGGAUGAAGGAGAAGAAGGCGGCCAAGAAAACCGCACUUCUGCCGGCCGCCGCCGCCGCCGCCGCCGCAGCCACCGGCCCUGCUUGCCUCAGCCACAAAGAAUCCCUGGAAAUCGCCGAUGGCAGCGGCGGGGGAUCGCGGCGCCUGAGAACUGCUUACACCAACACACAGCUUCUAGAGCUGGAAAAAGAAUUUCAUUUCAACAAGUACCUUUGCAGACCCCGAAGGGUGGAGAUCGCAGCGCUGCUGGAUUUGACUGAGAGACAAGUGAAAGUGUGGUUUCAGAACCGGAGGAUGAAGCACAAGAGGCAGACCCAGUGCAAGGAAAACCAAAACAGCGAAGGGAAAUGUAAAAGCCUUGAGGACUCCGAGAAAGUAGAGGAGGACGAGGAAGAGAAGACGCUCUUUGAGCAAGCCCUUAGCGUCUCUGGGGCCCUUCUGGAGAGGGAAGGCUACACUUUUCAGCAAAAUGCCCUCUCUCAGCAGCAGGCUCCCAGUGGACACAAUGGCGACUCCCAAAGUUUUCCAGUCUCGCCUUUAACCAGCAAUGAGAAAAAUCUGAAACAUUUUCAGCACCAGUCACCCACUGUUCCCAACUGCUUGUCAACAAUGGGCCAGAACUGUGGAGCUGGCCUAAACAAUGACAGUCCUGAGGCCCUUGAGGUCCCCUCUUUGCAGGACUUUAGCGUUUUCUCCACAGAUUCCUGCCUGCAGCUUUCAGAUGCAGUUUCACCCAGUUUGCCAGGUUCCCUCGACAGUCCUGUAGAUAUUUCAGCUGACAGCUUAGACUUUUUUACAGACACACUCACCACAAUCGACUUGCAGCAUCUGAAUUACUAAAAACAUUAAAGCAAAACAAAGCAUCACAAAACAAAAACUCCUUUGA